AUGUCUGCCCAAGUGAAAAUUCUAUACGGACAUAACUACGAGAGAUGUAAAGUCACUAGAAUUACUGUUAACGAAUUAAACAGAUUAAAUUUGAAUAAGCUGGAAAGUCUAGUACUCGGCGUUGUCGGGAAUUAUUAUAACGGAGAAAAAAUACGGAUGCAAUACCGGGACGAUGAAGAGACGUUUGUCACAAUAUCAAAUGAAAGUGAUGUAAAAGAUGCUGUUCUUGCUGCCACACCGGUACAAAAUACGGGAGAUUUUAAACUAACCAGAUUAUGCAUACGAGUUGAUGAUGUCCUAACUCCUGUUGUGAAAUGUCGUGCCAGCCGUGAGAAUGAAAAUGCAAGAAGCAGUGCUAAUUUCGCGACACAGUCGUCUUUAAAAUCUCAAUUCGAACCAGAAGUGAUAAAUGAUUCCAAGCGAAAAAGACUGUACUUCGACGGCGACGUGGAAACAGAACAAGAUGAUAAUGUUGAUUUUUUCGAUUCUGAUUCUUCAGAAGAAUCUUUAUCUGUUGAAACACCCUAUCAAAGGUACAUGAAAAAAGCGAAGAGUGAUAUUGACGAGAAAAAGGCUGAACUGCAGAAACUUGAAAUGGACGAGCGUGAAAUACACAGGAAAUUUCUUUUGGUAAAGUCAAAUCCAGACAAUGGAAACUUGUGCCGCACUUGUCACCUGCGGCUUGGCCAUACAGCAAGGAAUUGCGAGUAUGGCAAAUGCCAGUCUGUUUUCAGCUGUGGGGAGGAAAAAUUUCAUCCCGGUGAAAUUGACACUCGAGGAAUGCGAUGUUCUAUUAAGAAAAAAAAAUCGGAAAUCGCAAAACUGGAAAAAGACUUAACUUUAAAAGAAGAGGCAUCAAGACAACUUAGCGGUAUGUUGUCGACACGAAUUGAAAACGCUCUAAUGCAAGAGAACAGAAGCCACUACAUCGAAGGUGGGCAAAAGAAAUGGCUCAAUCUACGAAAAGAUGUAUGCAUAAUAGAAAAGUAUUGCAAAGAACAAUUCAAUGGUAAAAUUCCACCAAAACAUAAGGUUUCAGACAUUCUGCAUGCCGCCCUUCAGCAAAGAGAUAAAUAUGGGUGUGACGGGAAAGAUUUAAAUCAAGUACGCAAAAGAGGAAAUCGAGCCAUAAAGGGUUUGUUAGAGCAAGAAGGAAUUUGCUUUCCAAAACCCAAAGAUGCGCCCAGUACAGUGCCCAGUGGCAGUGAAGACAAUCCGAAUAUGUUGACGAAACAUCCAAGUUCAGUUUUACGAACUGCGCCAUCAAAUAUAGUCGAAGAAACAGAACAAUUAAAUAUGGUAUUAAAACAAAGUCUUUUAGAUUCGAGUCAUAUGCCAUCGUCCACGACAACGCCAUCUUACUAUCCCACAUUUCAUCCGUAUGCGCAAACACCAUUCGUAUUUAAUCAACAAAUGGGUAUGCCAACAUUUCCCUAUUGCCCAAGUCGUUUACCUGACACCUCCAUGCAGUAUCCAAAUGUUGAUAUGCCACCAGCCUUGCAGCAAUCCCCUUUCCAUGAAGCGAUUCGUCAGGGUGAAACCGAGCUAGCACAAACGUUUCCACUUCAUGCGCGUGAAACGAAGGUUAUUAGCCACUCAACCGACUCAAGAAUGCCCACAGAUGCGUUGUCUUAUGCAGAGCCACCAGAGAAUUCAAGUUUAUAUGAUAACGAAGUCCCUGAAAGUCAGUGCCAAAGUAAUGUAGAUAAGGAUUCAGAAGAGCGAGAUGCAGCCAAUGCAGCCACACAACUUAUGAACCUUGUGACGUUGGGCGCACAGAGGCGUUAA